AUGUCAAAGGUUUCUUCUACUGGAGCUUCUAAAGUUGACAGUUUAGAUGAUGGUGGGAACACCUGGAUUCAUAUGUCAGAAGAUGGGCAUUGUUCUGCUAGGACUGCUGCAGGAAACAACGUGAAGCAUCUUAAUGAUGCAAUUAAACUUCAUAUCCGAGAGUUAUUUGGUAAUCAUGGAGAUCUAGAAAAGGUAAUCGUUCCACUUGGUGGGACACUGAUUGGUGCAGCAAUGGCUUGGUUUGUAAUGCCUGUUGUUCUAAGGAAGAUGCACAAGUAUGCAUCAGAUGGUCCUUUCAGGACACUCUGGGGAGACUCUACUAAGAAACAUCUGCCUUAUGAAACAAGCUUGUGGAGUGCACUGGAAGAUCCUGCAAAAUAUAUCAUCACGUUUAUGGCAUUUUCGCAGAUGGCUGCAGUUAUUGAACCAGGCAUUUCAGCUUAUCUUCCACAGGCAUGGAAGGGAGCAUUUUCUGUAUCUUUUUCAAUAUUAACUGUUGGUGGUGUUGGAGGUGUUGCUACUGCUUUUGCGGCAAGAGAUAUCCUUGGUAACAUGCUGAGUGGAUUCUCUCUACAAUUUUCAAAGCCAUUCUCAGUUGGAGACUACAUCAAGGUUGGAUCAAUAGAAGGGCAAGUGGUUGAAAUUGGACUGACUUCUACUUCGUUGAUAAAUACAGAAAAGUUCCCUGUUGUAGUCCCUAACUCACUAUUCUCCAGCCAACUGAUAGUGAACAAAUCAAGGGCCCAGUGGCAUGUUAGCGUGGCCAAACUUCCUGUAAGAAUUGCAGACAUCGAAAAGAUUCCUGCUAUAACAGAGGAGAUAAAAGUAAUGUUGAUGUCCAACUAA